UUUCCUGUCCUGGUUACAACAUUUCUAGAGUCUGGCACUAUCAGUAUUAGCACGUUUGAUGGGGAAGAGACAAUCAUGGAGGAGAGCACAGAGGAGGACCUUGAGUCUCUGAUUGAAGACUUGGACUACAUCCCUGGACACUUUCACCUGUUGCUGAAUCUUAACAUCGAGUCAAGUGGACAAGCCAACCUGCGCCACCGUGACAUUCAGAUGAAACGCGAGAACCUACGUGCCGAGCUCGAGGCUGAGACAGGUAGAUUGCAGUAUGCUAUUCGAAACAUGCUGGGCUUGCUAGCCUACCACCUUGAUGAGCUAGAAGAAGCUGAGGAGGUUUUCCGUAGCAUCUGCCAGGAGGAUCCAGGAAAUCUCAAUGCCUGGGCCAACCUAGCCCACGUUUAUGAACGGCUUGGACGGGACAGUGAAGAAAGCGAUUGUCUAGAACAGGUGAAAUCUCUCAUAGAUCUGGAGACCAGCAAGAGCCCAAUAGAGGGCAGGCUCAGGGCAGCUCGGUGCCUGACAGAGCAGGCUUUUGCCCAUCUUCAUGAUGUGGAGCUGGAGCAAGAGGAAGACCUCCAGGAAAGACUGACCACCGCACUCACCUUGUAUAACCGGGCUCUACACUAUGGAGCUGAACUGCUUCAGCAAGAAGAGAAAUGGAGCUGGUAUUUCAAAAUGGCAACAAUUCACAUGAAAUUACAUGGUAUUCCCAAUGAUUCAAAGGAUUUAGAGUAUACAAGGCUUACACACUACAACAAAGCUCUGACGCUGCUAAUAGAAACUCUUAAAUCAGACACAACACACCUCAAAGCACUUGCCUGGUGUUACAUUGGUCUCAUGCUUGAGAGGAAAGACGAGUUCUCCACUGUCCCAAUGGCAGUUCAUGACUGUGGCCUGUCGGGAUCUGAACCGUUGUCAUGCUAUGGAUCGGGACUCAAACUGGCCACAGAUGAUGCGUUCACAUUGAAUCAGUUAGCCAGCGUGUUUUUUUGGUCAGGCAAACAUGAGAUGUCGAUGGGCAUCUGUAACAUGGCUCUGAAUGUGCUGCCUGAUGCAGAACUAAACUGGAAAGCAUACAGCACUCGAGCUAAGCUUAAACUCACAAACUAUAUAAAAGCCUUGGAACAGGCAAAGCUGGGACUGAGUGGGAUUCCCGACCGUCAGGAACUGAGAGAGGCCCGAGCUGACCUUGAGCAGGUGCUGAGUGUUCAGCCGUGUCUCAGGACUCACCUAGAGAUGGGACGGGUCUACUACUACAUGGGUGUGGAUGCUGUGAAGGGGAGUAUAAUGGUGGACGAGAUGGCAGUGAAUCAGGCUUUGGUCAGCCUAGCGCAGGCCUUGAAAUGCCCACUGGGUUCCACUCUGCCAGAACUACAGCUCUUGCGUGGCCGCUGCUUGCUGCUUAAAGGAGAGGAGGAGAAUGCCAUCGACUGCUUCAGACAAUCGCUGGAACUGGAACGACCCGGAAGCUAUGAGCAGAAGGCACUACACUUCCUGCUGGAGGCUCUGUUGACCAGUUUCGCCAAGAGCACAGGGGACAUCAGUCACAUUUUAACCCAGGUAGAGGAAUGUGUGAAGCAGGCUGAAGAGAGGCAUGGCACUGAUGCAGUCCGGGCAGAGCUCAGGCUGUUGUGUAGGACAUACACUGAUGAAGUCGCAGAGCUGUCAAGGGAACUGGUGAAGAAAGGGAAGUUGGGAAUGGUGAGGAGACUACUGCAGAGCAUACAGCCACAGGAUAAACUUCCUCUGGGCAGAUCUCUGUCUCUAUAAGAGAAACAGAUUGAGGAAGCAGAGGACCUGUUAGCAUUCCUGGGACUGAAUUAUCCCUCAUGUGGAUACUUUGAAAACGUGAUUUUCGAGGAAUCCGGGACUGCUCAGUCAGUCCAAAUACAAUGUUUACUACUAUUGCUUGAAAACAGAGUGAAUGUAGUUUUACAUAUUUUACCAUCAAAACAGGAAAAAAACACUACUGUUAGUGCAAUACAGUGGAACAGUGUCAUUCCGAAAACAUAUGUUAUAUAUAACUCCAAAUUAAUAGCUGUAAUAGCUGUAAUUUCCUGUAGAUUAUUUCUCAUUUGUGCAUUGGGCCACCUUCCUAUUCAAGAAUGUUUACUUAAUGGCAGGGGUAUAUUUUUUUUAUCUCACUAAGGUUAGAUUGAGGAAAGUACACGGAGUCACAGGAUAAUAAUAUAUAUAUAUAUAUAUAAACAACCAUUAAAUGGCAACAUUAAAUUGACCAUUAAUUCAUAAAUGUUUAGUCUAAUAAUAGAAUCAGUUAUAGCAGUGCACUGUAAAUAAAUAAUUAUAAAUUUGAAUCAUUACUUGAAUUCAUCCAGUGCUGUCUGGAGAGUUGGUAAAAAGUUGAAAUUAAUAUACUCAUUCACAUAUGUUACCAUUGCUAAAGUCACAACAGUAAGUAAUUUGCAUGUAGAUUGCAGACAUGCUUAUGCAGAUAGUCUGCUAUACAAGUUCCAUACACCUCAUGCAAUACAAUCUGCAUAAUCUAUAUAAUCUAAUCUAACAAUCUUGACAGGUUAAAUGAAUGUGCAAUAGUGUGAAGUUCUCAGCUCUCUGAAACGUCACAGGAGAUUCUUCCGAACAGAUGGAUUUCUGAUUUCUUGGUAACAUGACAGACUGGAUUUUUUUUUCUCUUAUUAGCUUCAAGUGAGAGAAAAGGAGAGGCUGGUGAUGGAAGGAGUACAGCCAUUAUAGCUAUUAAAACCUAUGUGAUAACAAGAACUAAUUUGACUUGUGGACACUCAACAUUAAACAUAAAAGGAUUAAAAGCAUGGCAUGUCAUACUACUAUUCAAAAUAAAUUCAAUUGUAUUA